AUGGAAAAACAAGACUGUAGAAGACUCAGGGUAGUUCUAGUUCCAUGUCAAUUCCAAGGCCACAUCAAUCCUAUUCUUCAGCUGGGCACCAUUCUUCACUCCAAGGGUUUCUCCAUCACAGUUGCUCACACCCAAUUCAAAUUUCCUGACACUUCCAAACAUCCUGGCUUCCUCUUCAUACCAUUAUCAUUAUCAGAAGGCUCAUCGAACACUAGUAAUUUCCCAGAUAAUAUUUUAGCUUUUAUGUCUUAUCUUAACUUAAACUGCAGAGCUCCACUCCAGGCAGUAUUGAUUCGGAUCAUAGAAGAACAGGAUCAGCACAACAAGCUUCCCUGCGUCGUUUAGGAUGGACUCAUGUACUUUGCAGAAGCAGUGGCUUGCAAUCUGAAGCUACCGAGCAUUAUGUUACGCACUUCUAGUGCGACCAAUUUGCUAAGUUACUAUGCAUAUCCUCGGCUCCAAGAGGAAGGUUAUAUUCCUUUCCAAGAUUCUAUGAAUUUGGAAUUAGUGCCAGGGCUUCAUCCCCUCAGAUUCAAAGAUUUAUCCAUUUCCAAGUUCAAAAAUGUAGAUGCCGUGUUGCAGCUAAUAUCUACUUCACGAAACAUAGGAACAUCCUCAGCCAUCAUUUGUAAUAGCAUGGACUGCCUUGAACAAUCAUCAUUGGCACAACUCCAACAACAAUGUGAAGUUCCAGUUUUCUUAAUAGGCCCUAUGCACAAAAUAGCUCCAGCCUCCUCGAGUAGCUUAUUGGAAGAGGACACCAGCUGCAUGACAUGGCUUGACAAGCAAACUCACAACUCAGUGAUAUAUGUCAGUUUGGGCAGCGUAGUAUCCGUGGAUGAGAAAGAGCUAACAGAAAUGGCUUGGGGCCUAGCCAAUAGCAAGCAACCUUUCUUGUGGGUACUUAGACUUGAUUCAGUUCAUGGAUCAGAAUCUAGUGAUUUAUUUCCUUAUGGUUUCAAAGAAACUGUUGGAGAAAGAGGGUGCAUAGUGAAAUGGGCACCUCAAAAGAAAGUAUUGGCACAUAGCGCGGUGGGAGGUUUUUUGAGUCAUGGUGGUUGGAAUUCGACACUUGAAAGCAUAAGUGAAGGGGUUCCAAUGAUUUGUAGACCAUCUUUUGGGGAUCAAGGGAUAAACACAAGGUAUGUCAGCCAUGUAUGGAAAGUUGGGCUUGAGUUGGAAAAUGGUCUGGAAAGAGGGGAGAUAGAGAGAACCAUUAAAAGACUGAUGGUGGGAAAAGAAGGAGAGGAGAUGAGGCGUAAGGCACUGGAUUUUAAAGCGAAGGCUCAACUUUGUAUUAGAGAAGGCGGUUCUUCUUACAAUUCCUUGAAUGAAUUAACAAAGCUCAUCUUCUCAGUUUAA